ACUUCGAAGUUGAAACUAUUUUAACUCAAGGCUCGAGCGGAGCUGGAACUCGACUGGAGGAAUCGAAUUCGAAGACUUUACGAGUACAGAUCAAGUCCACAGCAGGCGUUAUCCCUUAUACGGUUGCACCUCAGACUUGGCGACUAGGCCUUUUCAUUUGGGCACAACUCACCAUAACCAACUUCUCCACUGAAGAAACGAAAAGAGGAAAAAGAAAAUGAUAGGGGAGCGUGAGUUCACAGUAAUGAAUGCACAAGAAAAACGAGAAGAAGAAGAAGAAGAAGAAGAGGAAAUUGUUUGCCUAGACGAAUCUUUCUUUAUCAAUGACGAUUACAAGUUGACAACUUUUACAUUCGGGCCUCAUGUUCUCCAGCUCCUUUGUCUCCAAUCUGCUUCUACUGAUUUUGAUUUGACAGGGCAACUGGUUUGGCCUGGUGCCAUGCUUUUGAAUGAUUAUCUCUCGAAAAAUGCUGAGAUGCUUAAAGGAUGUUCUGUUAUUGAGUUAGGAUCUGGUGUAGGAGUUACUGGAAUACUAUGUGGCCGAUUUUGCCGUCAGGUUCUGUUAACUGACCACAAUGAUGAAGUAUUGAAGAUCCUGAAGAAAAACAUAGAGCUUCAUUCACCUUCUACGAAUCCUAACUGUUGUGCUGAACUAGCAGCUGAGAAGCUUGAGUGGGGAAAUUCUGAUCAAGCAAACCAAAUUUCACAAAGAUAUUCAGGAGGAUUUGAUCUCAUUCUUGGAGCUGAUAUUUGCUUUCAGCAGUCAAGUGUUCCUUUGCUUUUUGAUACUGUAAACCAACUUCUUCGCAUUCGAGGAGGAAACUGCAAAUUCAUUCUAGCCUAUGUAUCCCGAGCAAAGAUAAUGGAUUCGUUAGUUAUCAAAGAAGCCGUUCGGCACGGAAUGAGGAUAAAUGAAGUAACUGGUACCCGAUCGACAAUUGGAAAUCUUGAAGGAGUGAUCUUUGAGGUGUCCCUUUAAAACAUUCAAACAUAUUUCAGUGGGUAACUUCAGUGCUGAAGAGCAAAGAAAGUUCAGGAGCAUCAAAUAUUGAAGUCUGCAGGAACAGGAAGAAAGGAAAUAGACUUGUGUAUUUACACUGCUAGGGAAUUGGUUAUACUCUUGCAUUUUCUUUUUAAGUUUCCAGUUUACUACUGGAUUUUGUUUAAGGCUCUGUAAUGCAAUUACUCUCUCCGUCUAAUUUUGAUACAUCAUUUAUAAUUUACAUGUGAAUUAAGAAA